AUGCCUCCCCGUAGAUCAGCACGCAGGAACUCAACUUCAACACCACCUCCAACACCUCCUCCAAUUAUGGAUGCCGUUAUGUUCCAAACUGCUGUAACCGCCACUGUAACCGCAACAAUGGCACAAAUCAGUAACAACGGGUCAGGCGGAGGAACAAACAGCUCUACAAAUGGCCUAAACCAGGGCCGUUCAGGGGAAUGUACUUAUAAAGACUUCACCAACAGCAAACCUAUUCCCUUUAGUGGAACUGGAGGAGUAAUGGCUCUAUCCCAAUGGAUAGAGAAAACGGAAGCAGUGUUCGAGAUUUGCGCGUGCCCCGAAGAAAGCAAAGGAAAUAAGGGCUGGAUUCAAGAAGAGCCCGAAGAACUGAUUGAUGAGGAUCCCGAAGAGGAACCCGAGGAGGAACCAAAGGAAGAAGAAGAAGAGGAGGAAGAAGAAGAAGAAGAGGAAUACGUCGAGGUAGACAUGGAUGAAGAUGAAAGUGAAGAGGAACCAGAGAUGCCUCGUGAUAGCCCUAUAAGGCGUGUAGUCAAUAGCACAACAGAGACUCCACCACCACAAUUCGAUCAUGCUGCUCCCCAAGCAGUGAUAGAAGCCGCGAUAACAGCUACUUUAGCUCACAUCCGCGAAAGUCGUACCAGUGGAACUGGUAGCGGUACCCACUUAACCAACCCCGGAAUUACCCACAGACACCCAAGGGAGUGUAUGUAUAAGGACUUCAUGAACUGA